AUGACGACACUGGUCACGAACAGGAACAUGCAUAAAGACCACAGGGGAAGGAAGGAAAACAAGAAGCAAAUCUGGAGGAAGAGCUUACUAAGAUGCGGAUGCUGGAAUAUCAUGAGCUGGAAUGGAAGAGAGCAAGAGAUACUGACGGAAAUGGAAGAACAUAAAAUAGACAUAUGCGCCCUAUCAGAGACCAAAAAGAAGGGAAAAGGAGACAAAAGCUAUCCUGGAUACAUUCUUAAAUACAGCGGACCUGAGAAACAUAGACGGGCAACAGCAGGAGUGGGGAUGUUAAGUAAGGACAAAUAUAAGUACAGCAUAGAGGAGACCAGCUAUACAAGCGAGAAAAUAAUGAGAGUGACGCUAGACAUAGGCAGGGAAAAAAUCCAUCUUAUCAGCGUCUACGCACCCGACAGCAACAAGAGUGAAAAAGAAAUAGAUGACUUCUACGAAACUCUGCAAGAAGAAAUAGAUAAGAUACCGGAAGAACACAAAAUCUUGAUAAUGGGAGACCUAAACGCGAGAAUUGGCAACGCAGUCGUGGACGGGGUAAAACAAAGAUUUAAUGAAGCACACAUCAACGACAAUGGGGAAAAGCUAGUUGCGUUCUGUGCGCAAAAUAGAUUAAGAAUAAACAACACUUAUUAUGAUCACAAGGACCAACACAAGAUAACCUGGGCAAAUACGCGAAGCCAAACAUCUAUGAUAGACUUCAUAAUCUCGAACAGAGCGGUCCAUCCAACGCAGGUCGUCGACGUGCGAUCACUGUCCUCGGCGGACGAUGAUACUAUAAAGGCUCUGUACGAAUGGCGGCUGAGACAGAAGAUAAGGGAGAACGGCAUCGCAGACGAGGACGAUGUGGAGGAUGGAUGGAAGAAGAUCAAGAGCCAUAUGACCAUGGCAGCAGAAGAGGCACUAGGAAAAAGGAGAAUAAACAAAAAUGCCGAUACACAACACAAGACGUGGUUCACGAAAGAGGCAAAGCAACUGGCAAAAGAAAAGAGGAAGGCAUACCUCAAUUAUCUCAACAACAGGACCUCCGAAGAACGACAGAAAUACAAGAACAUAAGAAACCUCGCAAAGGCGGGAAUGCGGAGAAUCAAGGAAGAAUACUGGGCAACCUUCACUGCUAAUAUGAAACAUGAUCUAUACGGAGCCCAAAGGAAGGUGUGGGGAAUGCUAAGACGCAGGAAACAAGAAGUGAAUGAAUAUGUCCAGUCACAGAAAAUCUCCAAAGAAGAAUGGAUGGAACACUUCAGACGGCUGUUCCGGGAGGAUGACGACCGUUUACCGGCGACACCGCCAGAAAGGACCACGGUAAACACACAGAUCGACGCUGAGCUUGUGGAGUCCCUCGCCAAGACAUUGAAGAACAGAAGGGCGCCUGGACUCGAUGGGCUGCACGAGUUGGUGAAAUAUGGAGGGAAAGACCUUCACUCGGAACUAGCCAAGCUAUUCCAGAAAGUUCUCAUCAACAGGACCGUACCCUCUGAUUGGAAAAAGAGCAUAACCAUCCCAAUAUUCAAAAAAGGAGACAAGAAGAAGCCAGAGAACUACCGCGGAGUGACUCUCCUUAGCGCGGCAAUGAAACUCUUCACACGGAUCCUGGCAAAUAAGAUAUCUGAAAAAAUCCCAAUGAGUGAAGAGCAGCAAGGCCAUCGAAUUCGAUAA